GCCGCAUCUUUAAAAGAAUUAUCUUUUCACACAAAGGUAGCCAGCCUCUUUCACCCGCCUACCAUGGCGCAAAAUAUGCCUGCCACUCCCCAGCGUCCUACGCCGGGCGCCUUCAUCAAUACACCGGCCCGCCCUGGGCUCUUUAAUGUGUCUACAGCUCCACAGCAGCCGCAACAGCAGCAGUCACAACAAGCGCAACCACAAGUAUCCGCGGCCCCAACAGAGACCCCCGUACAGCGCGCCGCCCGCACGAUCAACAUUAUGCUGGACAAGGACAACCGGUAUCCCGCAUUGGAGAACUACAUAGGACAGGGUUUCUCCGGUGAAUACGAGCUUUCCGACGAGCAGCAUGAAGCAUGGUCCCCAUUCCAAAAGGUCCGCACUUUUAGACAUCCCGAGAGUGUCUUUGACCAAGUCAACGAAAUGCAAAUGAACACAAAAAUGGGCCUAUUUGCUGAAAUCAACCACGCCUACGUGACAGUCGACAAUCAGCUCUACCUAUGGGACUAUACUGCCCCGAACCCGGAGCUCAUUGGUUUCGAGGAGCAGCCAAACAAUAUUAUUUGCGUAAGACUGGUCAAGCCGCGGCCCAAGGUUUUUGUCGCCGCUAUCAAGUGGCUGCUCGUUGUCGCGACAGUGGCUGACAUUCAACUGAUUGCUGUCGAGUGUCAAGAUGGUCCGGAAGGUGUGCACGGCUUGACCAUGUAUAGGACCGGCAUGUCAGUGUCUACCAAGGGUCUUAGCGUCACGAGCAUCGAAGGAUCCCCUUCCACGGGGCGCAUUUUCUUUGGCGAGAGCAACACCGAAGAUGUCUGGGAACUCAACUACCAACAAGAGGAGCGAUGGUUCUCGAAUCGCUGCAGCAAGAAAAAUCAUGUCUCCAAUACAGUCGGCUUGCCCGCAUUACCCUAUUUCGGAUACACGAGCCGGGUCGGCACCAGACAGAUGAUCAUGGACGAUUCCCGGAAACUUCUAUAUACUCUUUCGACCAAUGGCACCAUCAACGUAUACCAUUUACAGACACCAACGCUCCUUGUAAAUGUCAUCAAAAAGCCUUUACAUUCGAUCAAGACCUCGUGUAGCCAUAUGGUUCGGGACGCGCCAGCUAUGUCCAAUCUGGAAAUUGUUGGCCUACAUCCUAUUUCCGCUUCGGAAGCGGAUCACAUGUCUAUAGUAGCCAUUACCUCGACGGGUGUGCGGAUAUAUCUGAGUACAACCUCUGGUGGUUGGGUGGACACCUCCACUGCGCCUAAUAGCAUGGCGGUUCGCCAUAUCCGAUUCCCUCCUGUAGAUCCAAAAAUUACUUCUCCGCCCAAUACAACUACCAGCACUUCGAUGCAACCUUUCCAAGGGGCUUCCACGGCCGGUCAGGAUUCAAAAUACUUGGUACAAACUAUCGUGGGAUUCCGAUAUGCCCCUGGGACUUUCUUCAGUAUUGUGCAAUCUCCCUCUGGUGAUCACAAGGUUUUCGCAUCGGCCCCACACUCUGGCCAGUUCGUAAACCCACAGGAGGCACUGCGAUACACUGAAUCGGGUCAAGUCUUCGCAUUAACAGGGCAACUCCAAGAUGUUGGACAAGUCACCGCGCCCUUCUCAGCUCGCGAUCAACCAACUGGCUUUGGGAACGAGCUUGCAGUUCAAUUUGACGUACCCACGAGCCAAUAUGCAAUUCUCACUCAUUACGGGGUGGACACCCUGAGGCGGAGGCGAUUGGUCGACAUCUUCGCAGGUAUCAUCAAGCAGGGCGGCGGAACUGAAGGCCUUGACGGUGCAGUGAGGAAGUUCUUAAAGCAGUACGGUUUGGCGGAGAUGGCAUCCACCGCGCUUGCAGUAGCCUGUGGUCAAGGAUCGGAAGUGGGUGCUGACUACAGAAUCGCCAAAGUAAUGGACCCCGAUGUGCUUGAAUAUGCACGCAAAGCUUUUAUUGAAUUUGGUGGUCGACCCCAGUUGACCGAGGAUGCUGCCGUUGAGGGACUCAGUGUGGACAAUGUUCGAGCGUCACCGCGCCAUGACGGCAUUGCGCUUUAUGUCGCUCGUCUUGUCCGGUCAAUAUGGGACACUACCAUAAUCGUGGAGACCGUGAAACCGACUGGGCUGGUUAUGGGGUCCAGGCACAGCCCCGCCAAGCUACAGGAGAUUCAACGCGCCCUAGUACAGGUACAAGAAUUCUUGGAAGCUAACAAGGCCUUUAUUGACGGCUUGGCUGGUCCAGAGGCUCUCGGGAGAGUCGCUUCAAGACAAGAAGAGGUUGAACUGCAGGGAGAAAACCGGGCUUUGACGAGCUUGCUAAUGAUGAUCAACAACAUCGUAGAAGGAAUCUCGUUCACGCUGGUCCUUUUCGAAGAGCGGGUAGAAGACAUCAUGCUUCUACUUCCAAAGGACUUGGAAGAGCACGUGCGAAAACUCACAUACCACGGUCUUUUCGCACUGGUAGAGGGCAAAGAUCUCGCCCGAGAGCUCGUCAAGGCGAUUGUCAAUCUGAACAUUGCGAAAGGUUCAAAUGUGGAAAGCGUUGCUGAAAGCCUGCGGAGAAAGUGCGGUAGCUUUUGCAGCUCCGACGACGUGGUCAUCUUCAAAGCGCAAGAAAACCUGAAGAAGGCAGCUGACGUGGGGGCGAACGCAGAUAGGGGUCGCAUGCUUCUUAACGACAGUCUGCGACUCUUUGAGCAGGUGGCUAAGAGCUUGAACUUUGAGCAUCUGACUGCAGCAGUGGACAAGUACUCCGAGCUACAAUUCUAUGCUGGGGCUAUUCGUCUAGCACUCAAAGUGGCACAGGAGGGUGACCGUGGUAACAAAGGUUUGACCUGGUUAAGAGAUGGUCAACCUGCUCAAGAUGCGCGCGAGCCGUUCUACCGCAAGCGUACAGGCUGUUACGACCUUGUGUUCAAAGUCAUCGACGCUGUGGACCGAGCUUUCAGUGCUCAAGGUGUGAUACAGCCCGAUGGUAUCAUCUCGCAAAUCACUCGUCGCAAGCUUGAAGCAUACGAGCAAAUCAACAAUUCCGACGAUGAAGUCUUCCAGAACUACUUGUACGACUGGUAUCUCCAACAAGGAUGGGCUGAUCGCUUGCUUGAGAUCAAUUCGCCGUUUGUCGUUGAGUAUCUUCGACGAAGCUCGGAUGACAAUCUUGCUCACGCAGAUCUCCUAUGGCGAUACUAUGCUCACUACAACGAUUUCUUGAGUGCAGCGGAGGUUCAAUUCCAACUUGCAAAGAGUUCCUUCAAUCUUCCAUUGGAGAAGAGGAUUGAAUAUCUGUCGCGCGCGAAGGCAAAUGCAUCGACGCGUAUGACGGGAUUUUCCGAGACCGGUGUACGGAAUAGACAAUCCAGGCAGGAGCUGUUGCGCAACAUUUCGGACUACCUAGACAUCGCCAACAUUCAAGACGACUUGUUGGACAGGAUCAGGAGCGAGACGCGCUUGGACAAACACCGCAAGAAGGGAGUCAUCCAGGACCUGGACGGCGCUAUUCAGUCCAUAGAUGAGCUUUACCAUAAGUACGCCGACCAGGCCGGAUACUACGAUAUCUGCCUGUUCAUCUAUCAUUCCGCCGAUUACCGCGAUAUAUCCAAUGUCCGCAACACAUGGGCCAACCUCAUUGAGCAAGCACAUCGCGAGGCGAUAGCUGAGGGCCAAACGUCGCCCUGGGAGAAAAUCAGCCUGAAAGUCGAGGAGAUUGGCCGCCGCGUCAGUCUCAACGAAAACAUUAUUCCUGUCGACACGGUCCUGCAAAUUAUCCUCCAAUACCACGUUACCUUCUAUGCCACCGACCCAGCGGCCCUGCGCCACGACCCCACCCUUCUUCUCUGCUCCUCCUUUACAUGGCCAAUCGAUAUUUUCAUUCACCUUGGCGUACCCUUCGAGUCCAUCAUCGCCACGCUCGAGACUAUGUGGUACAAGCAGGAGGAACCUUUCCGCACACGCGCGAAUCGUAAGUUCAUCGUCAAGUGGAUCAUCUACACGGUCGAACAGUGGCGCGACGUCAGUAGACGCCAGGGCGGUAUGUUCGGAAACGCGGAGAACGCGAUCGGGCUUGCGGAUUGCUUAAGGGUUGUCCUGAGCAGCAACGAGAUGAAGGAUCGGGAAGACAUGGAGUGGAUGGAGCGUGGAAGAGAGGUGAGCUCUUUGGUUGAGGAGGCGGCGAGAUAAUGCAUAGGGUUGAAUCGAUAUGAACAAGAUGAAUACCCCUGAGGGAGUGAACGAGUAAGGGGGAGAGCAUCAGCGUUGCGUGUGUCUCAUUGAGGGGGAGAUUGUUUGGGCAUCUGUUUUUGUACAAAAAUCAUGGGACACUUUUUCUCUUAUCAUUUUGACUUUUUUUUUUAUUCUC